AUGAGCACACAAUUAGUUGAAAGAACACCUUCAAUGUUCUCUCUCUCUCCUUACUCAUUAAAUGACCAUCACCACCAUCAUCACCACCAUUCAACUUCAACUCACUCUUAUCAACCAUAUGAUCCAAUAAAUAGUGCGGAACAGAAUCUUUAUAUUUCUGGACAUAUUCCAUCACAUCAACAUUCAUCCCAUUCAUCAUAUCCUACUCCAUAUACUUCUCCUCCUUCAAGAAUGAGAACUGCUACUGACUCAAAUCCUUCUUCUUCGACUUCCUUAUCAUUUAAUUAUUCACCAUUUUUAACAAAAUCACCAAAAUUUAUUGAUCAACCAUCAACGACGACAACGACAACAAUUAUGAAUUCAUCAACAUCAUCGCCACCACCAACAACAACAACAACAACAUCAACAUCAACACUAUCAUCAUGUUCAUCAAGAUUAUCAACAGAUAAUCAACCAACCAUUACAAUGUUUUUAACUAUUGAAGGAUUGGAAUGUGCUAAAGUAUCAGAUGAAUGUUUAUGUAUAUUGGGAUAUUAUCCAUCAGAAUUAAUUAAUAGAUCACUUUAUAAUUAUAUUACUCUAGAGGAUGGACCAAAAUUACAAAGAUUAAUUAAUACAUUAUUAGGUAGAGUUCACCGUUAUCCAUCAUUACCUUUUGUAACAUCAGAUGAUCAAAGAUUUUCAAGAAUUAAUCCAGAAAAUUUACAAUAUUCCGCUUAUGGUAGUACCGGAAUUGAUGUAUCUGAUAUGAUUAGUUUAAAGCAAAGAAAUGGUCAAUAUGAUUUAUAUAAUGUUCGAAUGUAUUUAGGUGGUGGAUUAGGUGCAAAUUUAAAUCAAAAAGAAACAUGGAAUGAAUUAUAUAUUGUGGCUCAUUUUACUAGAGUUAAACUUGUAACUCCUUCUUUAUUAUUAAUUGAUAGUAGACGAUCUUCUGCUUUUAGUCCUACUCGAUCUCCUACUACUAUUUCUCCUCUUUAUCAGGAUUUAAUUGAUAACUCCAAAUCAAAUAAUUUUAAUAAUAAUAUGGAUAUUUCAUAUCAUCAUCAUCAACCACCACCUUUACAACAAUUUAAUUAUUCACAUCAUCAUUCUUCUUCUGCUUCCGUUAAAAAUUGUCAUAUUGUUGAUGAAGAAAUAUCAAAUUCAAAUUCUUUAAUUAUUAAUGAUGAACGUGAUGAAAAUAAUAUACGAAAAUCUGGACUUCCUGAGGUGACAACUGCGGAUUCUACUUCCCCAACAAUUAUGAGUGUAAAUUCGUUAUUAUGUUAA